AACUUAUUUAUCGCGGGGGAUCUAUCGCAUAUAAAAUAAAAAAAGUUUUACUGUCGAAGAAGAAAGACUCGCAACAACGCCAUGAGUGCUGGGACAUAUUUGGGUCUCUGCUUGAGUUUACUGGUCAUCCGCGUCUCGUUGGGCUCUGCAGCUUCAGACCAGCAGAUCUUACGACAUCCUGGGAUGAGUGUCAAUCUGACAUUUCAGGUUCCCACUGACACCACAUCUGUAUGGCUAAAAAGACUUGAAAAAUAUAAAGACAAUGAUAAAUAUAUCUCCUACUGCCAAGACUCAACACCAACACGUCCCAGUGACCAGGAGGAGUCAAUCAAGGGUCGGGUGGAGGGGAUGGACUGUAGCAAUAUCAGCGGCACAGUCUCUGUAACAUUGAAGAACCUGACCAGCAACGACAGUGGGACAUACGAGCUUCAAGGGGUGGACCAUAGUGGAAGAUACUUUAAUAGAACUGUCUUCCUCAACGUUACUGACCCAGGUCAGCCAGGAGGAGACACAGAGGAUGGAGGGAAGGAGGCUGGAGGGAAGGAGGCUGGAGGGAAGGAGGCUGGAGGGAAGGAGGCUGGAGCCAGUAGAGAACAUCCUGGGCUGGCAGUCAGUCUGUUUUGUUUUUUUGUGGUUGUGUGUGGUUGUGUAUGUGCGCCAGCUGCUAUAAAGUGGCUUAUAAAUUGCUGUAAAAAGAAUUCACCCUUUUCUCCUCCUUCUAAUAAUGAAUCUGACAGAGAAACAAAGCAAAUAACAUUAAUAAUCUGCAAAUAAUUCAGUGGUCUAACAAUUCUAAGUGAGACCACAAACGCAAAGCUCAAAUUCUACAAAAACCUUUCCACUGCAGUAAAGUGGAAGGGGUUUUGAGUUUACUGCAUCCUCACAGCAUAAAGGUCCCUGACAGAUGGUUACUACAGCUUCUUCCCAGUCUGAUGACUGGUGACAAGUCUAGAGUCACCAGUCAUCUUUUACCUUAUGUCAUAAGUUGACAUAGGCCAAUAAGUCCCCCCACCCAUCACCCCCAACCCAAAUUUGGUCUUGAUGCAAUUUGAAAGAAUACAUUGGCAGAUGAGGAAGGCAAGCCGAACCCCGCCUGGGAGUUCAGUGAAUGGGGAAAUAGAAGCACGUGUCGCCAUCUAGGAGGUCGGCGGUUGGAGAAUACAAGCACGUGUCGCCAUCUAGGAGGUCGGCGGCUGGAGAAUACAAGCACGUGUCGCCAUCUAGGAGGUCGGCGGUUGGAGAAUACAAGCACGUGUUGCCAUCUAGGAGGUCGGCGGCUGGAGAAUACAAGCACGUAUUGCCAUCUAGGAGGUCGGCAGAUGGGAAAUGCAACACGCCACCGUCUGGGAAAUUUACGCCACACGACAAUAAAAGAGCAAGGAAUGCAGCGACAUGCUGUUUAUUUUCCACUACUGCAAAACUAAAAUAAAUAUCUAUUUUAAAUACGUUGUGUAUUUGACAUCUAUAGUCGUAUGAGCAUGGUGGGUCAUGAUCUAAACAAAAGAAUAUGCAGCAAAAAGUGAUUUGGGUCACUCUUAUACCAAAAAAAUCAAGGUAGCCAGCGUACCCUGCCUGGAACAUGGCUACCAGGGUCCUAACCUGGAGCCAAGCCUGGAGAGAGGCUCAAGGGCGAUGAUCAGUUGGCCCAGCCGGGCUCAAGCUGAAGAAGCUAUAUGGGUCAAUUCUUCUGUGGGACACUACUUUGGGAUUUGUGGAUCGGGCAGAGGUCCUGGUGCUCUGAUGCACACAUCUGCAGUGAUGUGGAUCGAUGAGCUUCUUUCAUAGAGGAGCUGGGCUCUCCCUUAAAGAUGGGGUGAGGAGCUUGGUCAAUUGAGAGUAAAGUUGCCGCUCCUUCACAUAAAAAGGAGCCCAUUAAGGUUUUUCCAGCCUUGUCCAACCAGAAGGAGGCCUCGGGUUUGACAGAGGAGAUUGUGUAUCAUGACUAGAUUGCGAGUGACUGUGUGUCACGCAUAUGAUCUGGAAGAAGUGGCUAGAUGCAACCACUCAAAUGUGUAAUUUCAUCUAGACUUAAAACAUGAACUGUGUGUGUGCAGUGGUUUAUGCUUGCUAGUAAACAAUGUUUGGAAAAGAAAAGGGUAAAACUACCUGUUUGUUUUUCAGUCUCUUUCAGAUCCGACAACAUCUAGAACAUGAAAUCAUGACAGUGAAGUUUGUAUGUAGUUAAAUCCUAGAACCUCAACAGGGCUAAAAUAAUGAAACAGGUUUCCUGAGGACGUGGGCUUCCAUGCAAACCAUGACACCAGAUGGGCCGGGUCAGCUUGGAGUGCAGGUACACCGCCUAGAGCCACCUAACAGCUGAAAGCAUAAUUUAGCAGGCAAGACAAGUGUAAGACUUUAUAAUCGUAUUAAAUCUGUGUAAGGAGGGGUCACAUAACAUGUUCCUUUUCCUUCCAAUAACAGUAAGGCAGUAUGUACCUUUACUAGUUUUACCUAAAUGCAAAUGCUUAGCCUUACUAAAGAUCAGGUA